AUGACGUCCAGCCUGGCUUCGUGCAUCUUCUGCAAGAUCAUCAAGGGCGAAAUUCCCUGCUUUAAGCUCUUUGAGAGCGAAAAGACACUCGCGUUCCUCGACAUCAACCCCCUCAGCCGCGGCCAUGCUCUUGUCAUCCCCAAGCACCACGGCGCCAAGUUGGCUGAUAUCCCCGACGAUCAGCUCAGCGAACUCCUCCCUGUUGUGAAGAAGCUUGUCGCCGCGACCGGUGCCACCGAUUACAACAUCCUCCAGAACAACGGCCGCAUCGCUCACCAAAUGGUCGACCACGUUCACUUCCACAUGUUGGAGAUUCCCAAGCCAAAUGAGACUGAGGGUCUCGGCGUGGGUUGGCCCCAGCAGGCGACCGAUAUGGACAAGCUCAAGGCCCUCUUUGAGGAUAUCAAGUCCAAGAUGUAG